AUGGGAUUCAACGUCUCCGAGGCCGUCUGGCGAUGGCGAUGCAAGGCGUUUGGAACAAACGACAAAAUCAAGCCUCGCUCGCAGACUCGAAAGGCGGGUGCUGCCCCUGAAGAAAACACCCAGGGAGCAGACGCCCUUAUCAAAAUCUUCUAUGAGUCCAAAAACAGCCGCGAAGAGCACCGGACGUGGGUGGAUUAUCCCCCCAAGCAGCUCAGCAAGACUGCCUCCAAGGCCCAGGACCGAGCAGCCAUCAGAGUGUACAAGAUCGUGGACCUGGAUAAGCCCGUCAUCAGUGGCCGUCCUACGCUGAAGUACUUCAAGAUUACCAUCCAGAGCCCCCUGCUAGUAGCUGCCCUCAAGGAUAUCGUCGAGAAGGAUGAGAUAUACCUCGAGAAGACAGAGCCGGCAGAGUUCACCACCCCCUUUGCGCCGCUCUACUUCAACGCGGACGAGAUUGCGGCCUUGCUCAAGAGUGCAGGCAAAGGCACCCCUUUACGCGAACAUCUCGAGCUCCUCCUAAACCUGAUGGACGACAUGUUUGCCGAAACUCGAAGUCGUGUCCAGCUGUUACAGGCCAGCGGUCUGGCUUCGUCCGAUUUGCUCUGGGCUUAUUUUCCUACUGGCUCCCCGGUAUACAUCUGGGAAGGGGAGUGCGAAUCUCUAGGCAAAGUUAUCGGCACCGAUAUUCUCAAGUGCAAUUCACGGUCUGUGAUGCGCCUACGGUGCAGGAUCAUGAAAUUUGACGGCCAGGAAUACGUCUGGGAGGAGUACAAGGAUAUAAUCCCCUCUUUCAAGGGAAAUAUCCCCAUCACGGAUCUACCCUUCUACCCACUCAGGUUCCAUGAAGAUCCGGAGGCUGUCAAGUCACGCCUGAUAAAGCGAGCAAGGAAAGCGCUCGACUAUCAGGGGCUCUCUUACGGAUCUUACACCGGUAUCGCUCUCUUCAAGGCCAAAGAUGGGAUGAUCAAGCACAAUGUGGAUGGCAGGAUUCUGAUUGAUGUCGUUGGAUACAAUAAACACCACGAUGCUCUCAGGAGUCCUGACAGUGGAGUUGAGAAUCCUAUGAAACGGAAAACGCGUGUUCUCCAGACGGAUACAAACCCCGAAACUGAGAAGCCCGUGCUAGAGAUAACUGGGCCAAACAAUGCCAGUCUGACCGGCGGGACUAAACCGAGGGCUACCAAGCACAUUUCAACAGAAGAUCAGGACAAAAAUAAGCAAGGUAUCCUCGGUCUCGGAAGUGAGAUGAUGUACAUGUCUCCGUUCCUCGAGGGAUUCGCCCUGAAGAAUAAGGAGUGGCUCAACUUUUAUAUUGAGGAUAUUGAACAGGUCAAAUGGAACGACGAAGCCUAUGAUCACUUGGUAUAUGACGAGCAACAAAAGGACCUGAUCCUAUCCUUUGUAGAACACCACUAUAAUUCGAAGAAAGUAUCGGAUGAUGUCAUUACCGGAAAAGGCCAAGGACUGAAUAUCCUCCUUAGUGGGCCUCCCGGCACAGGAAAGACGCUCACUGCAGAAGCUGUUGCCGACAGAUGCCGCAAGCCCCUAUUUUACCUCCAGGCUGAAGACCUAGGCAUCCAGGCCGCAGAGCUCGGCAAUAACAUAAAAAAGGUAUUCGAGCUGGCCCUAGAAUGGAACGCCGUCAUCCUGCUCGACGAAGCGGACGUCUUCAUGGCAGAGCGUAAUCCCAACGAUAUCCACCGCAACGAACUCGUCUCCAUCUUCCUCCGAGAACUAGAGUACUACCGUGGCGUCAUCUUUCUUACCACCAACCUCUAUGACACCAUCGAUACAGCAUUCAGAUCCCGCAUCAAUCUCCAUCUGCUGUUUAAACCACUAUCUCAAAAUGCCAGGUCACAGGUGUGGGCCAAGUUCCUGAGCCGACUGGCUCCUAUCCAUGCCAUGCCUGACCAGAAGGAAGCGAAGACCGUCUUGGAUCAACUGACCGAUGAAGACUUGAAAGAACUUUCUAUGUGGCAGUUGAAUGGACGUGAGAUCAAGAACGCGGUGAAGAUGGUGAAGUCAUGGUGUGAUCAGAAGGGCUACGAGAUAAGUCUUGCACGCAUGGAGAGUGGUAUCAAGGUAUCUGCUCCUCAGGCCCUUAAACGAGAUUUCUCUAGGCCAGCCGGCUUGUAUGAUUGA